CCACAUGUAGUUAGUAAUUAGUUAAAGGCGUGAACGCAUGCGCACACAUCACACACAUUACUCAUUACCCAUUAUCAAAUUACCACAACGCAGCCAACAUGUGCGGAGACAAGUUCAUUCCAAUUUUAACUUCUACAUUUUUAAUUUUUACACUUUUGACAUCUUCAACAAAUGGCGACGUGACACUCAAUGGCGUACCAUCGAAUGUAUACAGAUACAAAAUCAGCUCAGCAGAGAGUCUGCACUUAACCUUUCCAGAACUCAAAAAAAACACCAAUCAACCAUACCGCCUGGAAGUUAGCAGCACGAAUGCCGCUCGUAUACAUCCGGUCUUCGUCGUGGUACGUCAAGAACGCAGCAUACAAUCAUGGCAGAUUCCAUUAUUAGUAGAAGCCGCGAAUCCAGACGCUAAAAACCCAUUUGUUGAGUAUAUGAACACAGGAAGGACGCUGUGUUACCACACGGACGAUUCCAGCACAUACUCAUCAUCAAACAAAUCAAUCCAACGUACAACAAAGAUAAUCAAUGCUCGCACAAACUUCACGGUGACACUAUCAACAUUCUCCACGCUAUCCGUCUGGGUGACACUGCGUGCACUUCCGGUUGACAACUAUUUCCUGAAGACUAAUGUCAAAUACAACGCGACGUUCAGUCCCAGCGAGCCGGUGUACUAUGCUUAUCAGUUUCCUGAUAACGAUGUGAAGACUGUGCAUUUGCAGGUUACUUCCGAUGAUGAUGUUUGCUUCACUGUUUCCGUUCAACCACAUAUUUGUCCUAUAUAUGAUCUUCUAGAUCAAAUAACCUAUCAAGGAAAGUAUCAAACAGUGUCUAAAAAUGGCGGACUUGUCAUUUAUCGUAAAAACUUCGAAUAUGAUGGUGAUGCUAGUUUUGUGGUUGUUUUCGUUGCGCAUGCGGAUAACUAUGAAUGUGACACUGAUGCAGCGGUGCCAUUCAAUAAACAAGCAAGAUUUAGAGAAAACCGACAGAUAUCCAAUGUGCAAUUCACUGUCAAAGCAUCAAAAAAGACAGGGGAAUAUGGAAUCGCCAUUUUAUCACUUCUAGGAUUCAAUUUGGUUAUAUGUUUGGUUAUAAUCAUCCUAACCUAUUUGUUUUAUAGGUUCGGAAAGCAUUAUAAACAUGAUCAUAACACCGGAUACAGUCGACGCCAUUCAAAAACCACAGACCCUAGACUCUCGGAUUUCAUCCAUCAGAGAAAACGCAAUCGUCGCAUGGCCUUGAAUUACUUCUGGCACAUUGCAAACAUUGCCAUCUUCUAUGGUUUACCAGUCGUACAAUUGAUGGUGUUCUAUCAACGUGCUGUCAACUUCACAGGAGAUCUGGAUCUUUGUUACUACAAUAAUCAAUGUUCACAUCCACUUUACUUCAACGAUUUCAAUCAUGUGUACUCUAAUCUAGGUUAUGUCCUGUUCGGUUUGUUGUUUUUGUUUGUAACGGCGUUCCGCAACCGCAAAAUGCAAAGUUCGCCUGGUUGCGGCAUACCAAAACUCUAUGGGUUGUAUUACGCCAUGGGUGUGGCCUUGGUUUUUGAAGGUGUGCUCUCUGGAUGUUACCACAUAUGUCCGAAUCAAUCUAAUUUUCAAUUUGAUACAAGUUUCAUGUACGUGAUGGCAAUGUUAAUCAUGGCAAAACUAUACCAGAAUAGACACCCUGAUGUGCAGGCAAGUGCCUAUAGUACAUUCACAGUGUUGGGAUUGAGUGUAAUGGUGGCCAUGUUUGGAAUUAUUUUCAAUUCCCUGCCCGUGCUCAUUGUGUUCUUCGUGAGUUAUGUGAUUUUCUGUGUGUACAUGGCGUUUAAAUUGUAUUUCUUCGCAAAUGUCACACGUGGCAUGCGUACUUUCGUCGAUGAAGCACGCAGUGUUGGAAUUAAACAAGGAUUGAGACCGAGACGUCAAAGAUUGUUUGUGUUUGUCGUGUUGGGAUUAUUAAUAAACUUCACAAUGGCAAUCAGUGGAUUCUUUUUAUAUCCGGAAAACGUUGAUUUUGGUACUUAUCUAUUGAUUAUCCUAAUGGGUAAUGCAAUUAUGUACUCCAUAUUCUACAUGGCGAUGAAAAUGAUCACCAAAGAGCGGAUUUGUUUCGAGGCCAUGUUGUACGGUGUGUUAGCACUGGUUUUGUGGUUAGCCGGCGCGUAUUUCUUCUUUAAUGCUGCCACAGUUUGGUCGAAAACGCCUGCGCAGUCACGUCUACUGAAUCAGGAUUGUAUGGUGUUUGACUUUUAUGACACGCAUGACAUUUGGCAUAUUCUAAGCGCGCCUGCGCUGUUCUUCACGUUUUCGUUUCUGGGGGCCAUGGAUGAUGAUUUGGUUAAUACACGACAGGAUGAAAUCAAAGUUUUUAGGUUAUAUUUUGUAGAUUUAUGUAAUUUAACCUAAAAUUUAUAUUUUUACGUUUUAUUUCGCAAAGAAAUAAGAAAAUCAUGACAAAUA